GGAGGGAUGGAAUGAUAGAGCUAGGCUGAUAUGUUAUGUUGUAUGAGGUGUAUAGGAUUCACAUGUUGAACAUCCAUAUACAUACAUCCCUCUACCCAAGCACAAGCACAAGCACAACAACAACAACAGCCCAACCCCUCCAUCCAUCCAUCCAUCCAAUUCAUCCCCAACUCCCCUCCCCUCCCCUCCCCCCAAACCUACCUACCUUACCCAUCACACCACCCUCCCCUCCCCUCCCCUACCCUACCCUACCCGCCCUACUCUACCCCUCACAAUUCCGAAACGUCUUCCCAGUCGAUCCCUCUUUCCCUCUUUUCCGCGCGUGACGAUAUCAUUCAUCUCUGGAUAUUAGGAUUGACCCGCGCGCGCGAGUCGUGUGCAUCAUGCAUGCAUGCAUGCAUGCCUUCUUUGUUUUUUCAAAUCGAAAAAAUUGAAAAAUGAAAAUUGGAGAAUUGGAGAGAAAAAAGGAUUUGAGAUUUGGGGAUUUGGGGAUGCGGAAGUGAGGUGAUACCCCCUUUUUUCGCCUGACUGAGUCAGAAAUCAGCUCGGUA